AUGGCUCCUCAUUACCAAGCUGCGACCUUGAUCGCCUCUCCGUCUUACCCAAACGCCAUUGCUUGGUCAAGUGACAAUCUUGUGGCUGUCGCAUCUGGUCACAUUGUAACUAUUCUGAACCCAGCUGCGCUUGAUGGACCCCGUGGAUUGGUUGGACUUCGUCGCAGUGACCCUUUUCCUAUAGGAGUGGUUAAGAGAGAAGAUCUCUUGGAGCCAUGUUUAUUGCCCACUUCCUUAGCACGUGAAACUGAACCAUGUGCCCGAUCGAUUUCAUGGUCUCAACAAGGAUUUGCACCUAACUCUGGGUGCUUGCUGGCUGUUUGCACUGUGGAUGGUCAUGUGAAGCUUUACCGGUCACCAAUUUGGGAGUUAUGUGAUGAAUGGGUUGAAGCCGCAGAUAUAUCACAGUUGCUGUUUAACUACUAUAAAACUAUAAAUUUCGGAGAGGAUAAUGGUUCUCAUUUGACUUCUCUGAAGAAUACAAAUACUGGGGAGACAGAGGUUUUAGGAUCUACUUGUGAAUUGCAAGAAUCUCUUUCUUUCAGGGGUCCUGGACAGAGAAAAAGAAAGCCACCAAGCAAUGAAGUUGAUUUAGACGCUUCAAAGGAUGCAGACUUCUCGAUGGAACCAUGCUCUAAAUCAAAGAAGAAAUCGUUGAAAAAGACUGUAAAACCCAGGCAUGAAAUAGUUGCUGUAAAUGAACGAAACAGCACAGGAAAUAUUAAAGCAUCAUUGUCCUCCAAUGGAGAAAACAAAUCUCUUCCUCUCAUCACGGCAAAACAGUAUGCUUGUCGUGCUGCACAUUUGUCUUCCCUUGUAGUUUCAUGGUCUCCAGUUGUGUCAUCAAGUGAUAAAACUUCUUGUUUAUUGAGGCAAUGGUGCAUUCUUGCUGUUGGCUCUAAAUCCGGAAAUCUUUCUUUUUGGAAACUAUGUAAGCCAGAAUAUUACACAAUAGAUGCUGGUGUGGUUAUCAGUGAUCCAAUGCUCAUCGGCGUUUUGCAAGCUCACAAAUCAUGGGUCAGUGUCAUAACUUGGCAAGUUCUUUCUGCGGGCUCUUCAAAAUCCUCGUUGCUUUUAGCUACUGGAUGCUCAGAUGGAAGUGUUAAGAUAUGGUUAGGGAAUAUUGAAGGGUUAAAUCAAUGUGCAAGUGGAGAAGAAGUGCCAUUUGUGUUAGUUGCUGAGGUCGCCACUGAUUUAUCAGCUCAAGUGUCGUCAAUCUCAUUAGCCAUACCUGCCCGGUCUCAACAUGAGGUUAGUUUGGCAAUUGGAAGAGUAUCCGGGUCACUAGAAAUAUGGAUAUGGAAUGCAUCUAGCAACAAAAUUGAGAUUUCCAGUGCAUGGCAUGCACAUGAUCAAGUGGCGACAGGUUUACAAUGGGCUAUGGAUGGCUAUUGUUUAUUCACUUGCAGUCAGGACAAUUCUGCACGUUGUUGGAUCUCUCAUGAAAACCACCUUGAAGAAAUUUUUGUGCAUUCAAAUUUUCCAGAGCUAAGGGAGUCAGCAGAUCUAUCAGAAGUCUCUGAUCGAUGCUAUGGUCUUACACUAGCACCUGGAGAACAGAUGAUUGCUGUGGUCCGCAGUUUGGAUCUGAACCUUUUGAACCAGAUGUAUCAAGUCAGGACACAAAAGGCGGUGGUUGAGUUCAUCUGGAUCGGUGGCCAAUUUGUUGGUAUUCCACUUGACAGGAGCAUUGAUAUUUGCAGUCCACAGUCUGCAGACUUAUCGUCAAGUAACCUUACAUGGUGGGGAUCCAACAUUUUGUGGUCGCUGAAGAAAUACGAAAAUGUUGAAAAGAGGCUUGUGUUAUGGGAUGUUGUAACUGCGCUGCAAGAGUUGAAGAAAUCUGCACCUGCCUUUCUGGAGACUUUACUGCAUAGUUGGGUCUCAGCUUUAUUUUCGGGCGACCCACUGCGUGUUUCUAUCAAUGCCCCGUCAUGUUCAAUGCAUGGCAUGAUGCCCUAUGUCAGCUCACGGAAGCUACACUUACUGAACAUAAUUUGCAGAAAAGUAAUGCUCAGCAAUCAUGCACAGCAUGGUCCUGGUGCUCAAAACGGUAAUGAGGAAACAACUGAUUUCUGGAACGCUCUUUUGGUAAGGAGUGAAACAGAACUGCGAGAGAGGCUGGUGGGUUUCACCUUUGCUGCAGUCCUGAAGCGGACAGCAUGUUUGUUCAAUGGUACCUCUACUGAAAAUUGCUGGUUUCCUGUCGGGGUUGCCCAGAUGGAUUCUUGGGUGUCCAUGAAUUACGAAAAAGUGCAUAGCCAGCUGCAGUCUAUCAGAUCGAAGAUCAAAGAUCUAGGAAGCAGGAUCGACGGAUACUCUGAUGUAGAAAGCUGCCCCUACUGCUCUUCGCCAGUCCAUUUCGAGUCGCCUGAUGUAGCCAUCUGCGGAGAAAGGCACACGCAGUCGCGGUGCAGGGCAUCCAUGAUCCUGUGCUCCGUCGUGCAGCCAGUGUGGCACUGCGUGUGCUGCGGUGGCACGGUCGACAAGCUGUUGCCGGAGUCGUUCUUCACCAUGCAGGCGUCCACCAUCGAUGAUGAAGGAUCGCUCGAUUUGUCAGCAGCCUCCGUAGCACUCUGCCCCUUCUGCGGCAUCCUGCUGCAGAGGUCGAUGCCGGCGUUCCUGCUCUCCACCUCGCCGGUUUAG